AUGGCUCGUCGUCCAGCUAGAUGCUACCGUUAUUGCAAAGGCAAGCCAUACCCAAAAUCUCGCUUCUGCCGUGGUGUACCUGAUCCUAAGAUUAGAAUAUAUGAUGUUGGACGAAAGAAAGCUGAAUGUGAUAUGUUCCCUGCUGUUGUACACUUAGUAUCUGAUGAAUAUGAACAAAUUUCAAGUGAAGCUUUGGAAGCAGCUCGUAUUUCAGCAAAUAAGUAUAUGAUCAAGUAUUGUGGUAAAGAUAAUUUUCACUUACGUAUUCGUGUGCAUCCAUUCCACGUAUUAAGAAUUAAUAAAAUGCUUUCAUGUGCUGGUGCCGAUAGGCUCCAGACAGGUAUGAGAGGUGCUUUUGGCAAACCGACUGGUACAGCAGCUCGUGUACAUAUUGGACAGAUAUUAAUGUCAAUUAGGUGCAAGGAAGAUAAGGCACAAACUGCAGUUAUGGCAUUAAGGAGAGCAAAGUACAAGUUUCCAGGAAGACAGAAGGUUGUUGUAUCAGACAAAUGGGGUUUUACAAAGUUUACAAAGGAGGAAUACUUAAGACAUCAAGCUGAGGGGAGGAUAAUACCUGAUGGUGUAGGUUGCAAAUACAUUAGUUGCCGUGGGCCACUAUCAAGAAUAUUCCCAGAAGCUGCAAAUAUUCAUAUUCCUGUAGAUGAAUAG